AUGGAAGCAACCAGCGCCCAAACAGGGGUUUGUAGAAGCCAAUUGCGCUCCAAUCAGCUUCCUCCCAGUGAUCCAAAACGGCAUAGGGGCCGCCCGGUGGGCCCUGUUUGUUUGCUUGCGCUCGAGCUGACAGCGAGCGCCGUUGGGAUUCAACGUGAGACGUCAUUUUGGAGAUCUGGCUUAUUUCCCUUUUUGCCAUUUUCCCCUUCGAAAAUAAUUUCCUUUUCGCGACUCGCCCCAACGAACGAACGAACGCAGCAAACCACUCUCGCUUUCCUUCGCGCUCACGGCCAUGAGCGCCACUGUUUCAGUUCACGACAACGACUCGCAACCAUGACGACCUCCACCUCACGUUCCCCAUCCCGAUUACCCCCCCCCUCCUCCUCCUCCCUCUCCCGAACCGAAACCCUCUCUCUCUUCUCCCUUACCUUCGCCUGCGUCGCGGUACUGGCGAAUACCUUCCAAGGCGAUGGCGAACCUCUAAUCGCCUCCCUCGCCCUCAGCGGGGUCGCCUUCGCGGCGUCGUUUGCGAUGAUAAGGUGGUUAGGCCCGACACUGAUGAAGGCUGGGCUGAAGGGGACAGACAUGAGCAAGCAUAAUAGACGGGAAAUGCCAGAGUGCAUGGGGGGGAUCGCGGCGGUGGUGUACCUGCUGGUGAUUAUUGUCUUCAUCCCGUUUCCGUUUUACAAGGACAUUGUGGCGGCGACGAGCGGGGGGGGCAAUAGGGAUGUUGUUGUUAGUGUCGUGGAGGGGGUGGAGAGGGGGAGGUUGCUGCAUAAGUUUCCGCACAGCAAGUUGGCGUCGUAUUUGUCGGCGAUUAUAUCGCUUCAGUCGAUCACGUUGUUGGGGAUAGGAGAUGAUCUUUUCGACAUACGGUGGCGACACAAGUUUUUCAUUCCGGCUUUUGCGUCGAUACCGCUGUUGGUGGUUUACUUUGUCGACUUUGGCGUCACGUCGAUCGUGGUGCCGAUUCCGCUGCAGCCGUACCUGGGGGAGCUGGUGAAUGUCGGGGUGUUGUACUAUGUCUACAUGGCGAGCGUGGCGAUUUUUAGCCCGAACAGUAUUAACAUUCUGGCGGGGAUCAACGGGAUUGAGGUGGCGCAGUCGAUUGUCGUUGCGGUGUUGCUGGCGAUCAAUGAUUGCUUGUACUUGCUCACGCCGUACCCCCACCCGGCGACGGACUCGCAUUUGUUUUCGCUGUACUUUUUGCUGCCGUUUUUGGGGGUUUCCGGGGCGCUGCUGUGGCAUAAUUGGUAUCCGGCGAGGGUGUUUGUGGGGGAUACGUAUUGUUAUUUUGCGGGCAUGGUGUUUGUGGUGGUGAGCAUUCUGGGGCAUUUCAGCAAGACGUUGAUCUUGCUGCUGGUGCCGCAGAUAUUCAACUUUUGCUAUUCGGUGCCGCAGUUGUUUGGGCUGGUGCCGUGUCCGAGGCACAGGCUGCCCAGGUUUAAUGCGAGAACGGGGUUGCUGGAGCCGAGCGUCACGCCUUGGACGAGGGAGAGGCAGCCGAGGGGGGUGGUUGCGUGGGGGUUGAAGGUGUUGGGGGGGUUGAGGUUGUUGGGGGUUACGGUGGAUGAGGAGGGGAGGUUUGUCGAGACGACGAACUUUACGAUUUUGAAUCUUUGGCUUGUGUGGAGGGGGCCGUUGAGGGAGGAUAGGUUGGCGAUGGAGAUUACGGGGAUGCAGAUGGUGAUGGGGUUGUUCGGGUUGUUUGUUAGGCAUGGGCUGGCUCAGUUGUUGUUCAAGGAGGAUAAUUGGAGCAUUGGGGCAGCAGGAUCAAUUUCGGCAUGUGAGAGCGAGCGGGCCCCUGCAGGGAGCUUGGACCCAGGGGUCUUGGAGUGGGAAUUCCCGACGUCAGUUGUUGGAGCCUGUCACCCACCUAUCACCUACCCCAAAGCAAAAGCCAGACAAAGGCAGGGCAGCCCAGCCCUUUCCGACAGGCGGGAGAGUCACACACCAGCUGCUGUUUUUGCAACACAAUAUCACAAACACAGCGCCAUGUCAGCAAAACUAGCCGCCUUCCUCAACGAGGCGCCCCUCGCCGACGACCAGCUCACCUUUGAGCCCAUCCUCAAGCACGGCCACCAGGACCUCGUCCAGUCGAUCGCGUUUAACGAGUAUGGCGACCGGUGCGCGACAGGGUCGGUAGACGGCAAGGUCCGCGUGUUCAACCGGCACAGGGACGGGGUGUGGCGGCACUGUGACAACUGGACUGCCCACGGGGGGGAGAUUACCGAGCUGCAGUGGUUGCCGCCGACGAUUUACCCCAACCUGUUGGCUUCGUUGGGGGUGGAGGGGAGGUUUAAGCUUUGUGGUGGUCUUGGUAGUCAUGGGCCUCAUCAUCUUGGGGGGGUUGCGAGUGCCUUGUCGACCACUGCCACGAGCGCGACUUCUCAUCCGCACUCGGCGGUGACGAGCGCGGUGGGCACGCCGUCGGUGCAGAGCGAGACUGCGCCUUCGCAACAACCGCCACAGGCUUCGAGUUCGGCGGUGCCGAAGCCGGUUUUCGAGACGAGGAACUCGAGGAGUCCGUAUCGGUCUUUUAGCAUGAAGCAUGUUGACUCGACGAGGCAUACUUACCUUGCGCUGGUGAGCGCGGAUGGGAAGUUGACGGUGUACGAGAAUGAGCAGCCGGAGAAUUUGACGGAUUAUACUAUGCUUGACGAGGUGGCUAUCUCGCGGGACCAGCCGCCUGCGAAAAGGGGGGAUGAGACGACGUUCAAGGUGCAGUUUGAUCCCAACCCGGAGGUGUGCUACAGCGCGUUGAAGGCGGGGGUCCCGCCCGACACGCUGAGCUUGGUCACGGUUGCGUUGGACUGUGUGAGGAUUUAUCGGUCGAGGGAUGUGAUUAGUCAGAGUUUGGGGGUGCAGACGGUGACGAAGGGGUUUUAUCUCGCGGCCGAGGUGAGGUCGGAUGUGCAUAGGGGUUUGGUGAGGGAUGUGGCGUGGGCGGGGGGGAAUAUUAGGGGGUAUGAUGUUAUUGCGACGGCGUGUCAGGAUGGGAUGGUGAGGGUCUUUAGGGUUGACACGCCGGUGGAGAGGCAGGCUUGGUAUGAUAAGGAGGAGAAGGAGGAGAAGGAGGAUGGGGCGAGGGGGUGGUCGAUGAGGGAGAUGGAGGGGUAUGUUGAGAAGGCGAGGAAGCAAGGGGUGGAGGUGGAUGAGGGGAGGAGCGCGGCGGUCAGGGCGGCGGCGAGAGAUGUGGUUACUGUUGUUGGGGGGAUUACACCUGUGGUUCAUGGGGUUGGAACAGCCCAUGAUGAGAGGGGGACGGGGAUGGGGCAGGGGGGCAUGAUUCGAGCGGGACUGGCGACGGAGGCUGGGUAUGGGGGGGAUCAUCAUCAUGGGCAUGGGGGGGCGAAUAAGAACCCGCAGAGAAUGAUCACUGGGUUGCCGGGGCAGAUUAGGCAUACGAUUGAGAUGGUGUCGAGGCUGGAUGGGCAUAGGACGCCGGUUUGGAGGGUUGGGUUUGAUGAUGACGGGGUUGUGUUGGGGAGUGUAGGCGACGAGGGAAGGCUGCUGCAGUGGAGGAUGAUGCCGAAUGGGGAGUGGGCGAAGAGCAGCGAGUUGGGGAUUGUAAGGGUUAUGAUGGCUACCGGUUGA